GGGUGGGGAGAAGGUGGGCCUCGAGCAAGCCCGCUAGAGGUGGGGUGCGGGUGGUUGGCCUCAGGCGCGCCCCAGGGCAUAGCCCGGGGCGGGAGGCGGGGCUUGGCGGCGGAGAUCUCGGCGCUGCAGUUAGCGCCGCUGAGCCCCAGGAGCUGCGGGUAGGAGGGGCGAGAGAAAGGAUGGGGGCACAGAACCGGAAGAAACGAAGGGCUCCUCCGCUUCAGCUUGUCCUAAUUUGGUGCCCAAUCUGAAGCUGGGCUGUACCAUUGCAUACCUGGGGGGAGGCUGUGGCAAAGGUAACAAGAAGGCCGAAGGCACAAAGGGGAGCUGCUCCCAUUCCUGGAGAAGCUUAAGUAGUGACUCGAGUGCAAGAGUUUAAAGAUACCGAGACAGCCCUAGGUGGAAAACUUCCGGAAGGGCCAAGCGUUCGCAAGGGCUCCCUAUCCCGCUCAGAGCAUAGAUGGUACCAUCCGGAAGUCCGGGCGGAGACAGAGGCUGCGCUUCUCGCGAAAGGGCAGGCAUCGCGGGGCUGGCCACUUCCGUACUUCCGCUUUCCGGCCCAGCCAGCGCCCGCGAUGACUGCCACUCUCCGCCCCUACCUGAGUGCCGUGCGGGCCACAUUGCAGGCUGCCCUCUGCCUGGAGAACUUCUCCUCCCAGGUUGUGGAACGACACAACAAGCCGGAAGUGGAAGUCAGGAGUAGCAAAGAGCUCCUGUUACAACCUGUGACCAUCAGCAGGAAUGAGAAGGAAAAGGUUCUGAUUGAGGGCUCCAUCAACUCUGUCCGGGUCAGCAUCGCUGUGAAACAGGCCGAUGAGAUCGAGAAGAUUUUAUGCCACAAGUUCAUGCGCUUCAUGAUGAUGCGAGCAGAGAACUUCUUUAUCCUUCGAAGGAAGCCUGUGGAGGGAUAUGAUAUCAGCUUUCUGAUCACCAACUUCCACACAGAGCAGAUGUACAAACACAAGUUGGUAGACUUUGUGAUCCACUUCAUGGAGGAGAUUGACAAGGAGAUCAGUGAGAUGAAGCUGUCAGUCAAUGCCCGUGCCCGCAUUGUGGCUGAGGAGUUCCUUAAGAAUUUUUAAACUAUCUGGCUGGAUCUUGUGGCCUUCCCCCUCAGACUACCCAUGUCUCCACGAAGGCGUCCUGGAGUCACUCCCCAGAGCAGCGGCGGCAGCGGCGGCAGCGGCGGCAGGGAGCUGGGUUGGGGUGGGCAUUUGAUGCGGGAGGUGGGUGAUGUGCUUGCUAGCUGGGCAAGAAAGCAGCUGUGGACCUGCCCCAAGGCCACACAUGCCUGGUCAGGCUGGCUUCUGAUGGUCAGUGCCCUGGGCCGGGACAGAUUUUUUUUUAACGUCUUGAAACUUAAACUCUGUGCUUGUAGGAUACUGUAACCUUUUUGUCUUUUUUUUUUUUUUUUUUUUUUUUAAACCUCCACCUCCAGUGACUGUGACUGGUCCCAGUGAUUGUACCUUAUUGGUUGCUGUGGGUCUGGGCGGGCCUGGAGCCAGAAGGCGACUUUAUUUUUUCUCUCCUAUGCCACCCCAGGUGGGGAGGGAGGGAGGUUUCAGACUCCGGUUUCUCUCCCUUACCCUUUUAUUCCCAAGCCUCCUUGGCCCCAAUGUAAGUGGUGGGAACCCUCUGCCAGCUUCCUGAGUUCUGCCUGAAGAUGGCCCCCCAGCACUGGUUGGGGACAAGGGCCAAAUUGGUGACCACCAGUCAUGCCUAGGACCUGGGGCCCAAAAGCCAGGCAACCCCUGACUACAGGGGCCACUGGGUACCCUCCUAGUUGAGAGGGGCCGCUGUUUCGCCUUGUCCGUCAGUGCCAGUGCCUGUGCCAGAGGUUGCGAGGUGAGUCCUCCAGAGCUUCCCAGCCGGGCCCUCCUCCUGCCUGUUCUGGCUUGUCUGCUCCCACGCUAGCUGUCCCUUUUCUGAUUCUGGUGGAUCCUCCCUCCCCUAAUUAAAGUCUCUUUUUGCCCCUUUGGGGCUGCAUGAGG